AUGGAUGCAGUCGACCGUCAAGAGUAUCCUGCUAUGCUGGAUCGAUUACAACCAGCUGCGGCGGCAACAAAACUCAACGAGCGUGUGAAGAGGAUAAACAAAGUGAACACGGAAAUUGCGGAUUGGUUGCAGGAACGUCGGAAAGUAGAAGAACAAUAUGUUGCCGGCCUCCGAAAACUUGCGCGCAAACCUUUACAAGAAACUGGAGGAGAAUUGGGGGUAUUUGAUGCACCAUGGAGAAAAAUCGUGGGUUCGGUCGAAUCAAUCGCGGAUUCUCAUUUCAAUCUAUCCGAACGAAUUUCGAAGGAUGUUGAACAACCUUUGCGACAAUUUGCUACACAAAAUAGAGAAAUGCAGGCAAUGACGACAAUGCAAGGCAACCUCACGGCUAUGGCUAAGGAAGUAGACGAUGCGCAGCAUGCAUCGGACAAGCUCAGCAAGAAGGGGGGGAAAGCAAGCACCCAGAAGGUGGAAAAUGCGGCUGCUAAACUACAGAGUGCUGAACAACAAUGGCAAGCUCAGGCUCCAUUCAUAUAUGAAAGUCUUCAGGUGGCAGACGAAAGACGGUUGAAUCACCUACGAGAUAUCCUUACGCAAUUCGAAACCCACGAAGCCGAUAGAAUUGAGAGAAGUCGAGUAGCCGUUGAGCAGACCCUUACAGCAUUAUUAGAGGUAGACACUGCUCAGGAAAUUAGGAAUUGGUCGGAAGCAACCACCGGUGGUAGGCCUGUCACUGAGCGGUCCAAUAGAAAUAUUUCUAGCGCUGGAGAUAGUGGCGGUCCCGCAUUACCAAUACCUCCUCCCACCCCAAGGUCUACACACUCAGCUGCUGCUAGUGAUGUCUCCAAGCAAGAAGGUUCUGGUGAGUCGAAGAUAAAGAGCCGCUUUGGCACGAUGCUUCAACGUAGACGCCAAAGCAUUCAUGGAGGAUUUGCUCGCGCCCCGUCACCGAACAAGGGAUUCUCAACUAUAAAUCGCAAUUCCAACAGCAGUUCCGGACGACCAAAUCUGUCACCUCAUACAUCAUCAAACAACUUACGAGACUCCACUUCGCAAGACAAUCGACUCUCUGCUCUCCCCGAAUCACCAUCGAAUCGAGAUACACUGCAACCUAAUGGCAAUUCUAAUGGUGUGGGUCAAGAAUCAUUGGGCGUAUCGGAUAUGGUUAGGCCAGCUACCUCUAAUGGUGUAUCAAGCCCGGGAAUGAUGGAUUUAUCGGAGGUUGAGCCACCUCCAGGUCCACCCCCAUCGCAUUUCAAAGAGACUCAGAAGGAUUCUGAAGGCUUCUCGGUACCGGCAGCCAUGGACGAUCCUAUAUCGCAAGCUCAACAAGAGGCUCAAGAGCAUAACGAACCUCAAUUUAAGCUAGACAUUCGAGAUCAACCCAUUCCCGAGCAAGAUGCAGAUGCACAAGCUGCAUUGUCAAAUGUCGCCAAUACUUUGCGUUCAUCUCAAAUGCCCACUUCAGCUCGAAAAGUUGGUACCGUCCGAGGCCGAAGAGAUGUUCGAAAUACGGUCUAUGUUCCUUCGCCUAAUCUUGAGGUAGGUAGCAUAGAAAACAAUUUGCCUCCUUCGCCAGCUCUCCCACCGGGGGCAGCACGUGCGGCUGCCUUCGCAGCUAUCUCCGAACAUGGGCAUGGCCAUGGUGCCCCAAGUGUAUCUGAUACAAACUCCAUUCGUUCCGGGCAUUCUCUUCAUAAUAAUGUUGUGGUCAAGCAUGGUGAUAUGCACCACCCUGGCCUCAAUGCGUCAAUGAUAGAGACUGUCAAUGCCACUAUAGAAAAUGGAACAGUUAAAACAGUCAAAAUCAGUGGGGAGGUCGCUUUGAUCUACAUAUCGUCAGCGAAUGGUACUCCGUUACCAGCUUCAGGAACCGAGACAAUCCGCAUCAACAACUUCCCCGCUCUAGAAGCUAUCGGCCCUAACAGAACAUUCAUUCAUCCAGUCUCAUCAGAGAAACCGGACGAAUUCACAGUUGACCUUGCAUCAGUAUCGCAUAAAAUAUCUCCAGCAUUCACUUAUCGAGUGCACCUCGAUGACCAGGAUAUAUCUGCACAUUCACCUGUGCUGUUGAAGCCAGCGUGGAAACCUGUUGGUGAUAAGCUUGGUCUUAUCAUCGAGUACGCACUCAAUCCAGCUUUCUCAUCCGAUCCCGUAGCUUUCAACAACCUCGUUAUCGUAGGUAAAUACGCAGGCGCUGGAGCUGCUGUAUGUAAAUCCAAGCCUACUGGCACCCACUAUCGUGACAAACGUUCUAUCGUUUGGCGUCUUGGAGAUGUUACGCUCAAUCAUGAAUGGCAUAAAAUGAGCGCUUUAUUCUCCGGACCAGAUGGUGCAGUUCAACAAGCAGAUCAUGCCGAAGCCAGGUGGGAAGUGCAACGGCCAAUUCUUGACAAUGGCAUCAGUAUUUCGAGAUUGGAAGCAGUUAAAGGUGCAGAGGAAUCGGAUCCAUUUGCAGAUGAGUCAUUAGCUCCAACGGGAGGUAAUUGGGUUGAUGUUGAAACAAGUAGGAAAAUUGCCAGUGGAGUGUAUGAGGCAAGGCAGAUUACAGCGUGA